GGCAGCUGGGCUGGGUGAAGAGACAGUUGCACAAUAUCAGCUUUACAAAAAGCAUCACCUCCUCCUCCUCCUCUUCUUCCUCCCUGUCCAUCAGGAUGCCUGAAGCCUCGGUCCCUGCUUGCUUCCUCUGCCUUCUUGCCCUGUCCUCAGCCUGUUACAUUCAGAACUGCCCCAGAGGGGGCAAAAGAUCUUACCCUGACACAGAACUCCGACAGUGCAUGCAGUGUGGGCCUGGGAACAAAGGCAACUGCUUUGGCCCGAACAUUUGCUGCGGAGAAGAUAUGGGAUGUUAUAUCGGUACCCCCGAGACCCUCCGCUGUGUAGAAGAGAAUUUUGUGCCUUCUCCUUGUGAAGCUGGAGGGAGACCUUGCAGUACAGGCGGAAGAUGUGCAGCCCCUGGAAUCUGUUGCAAUGAUGACAGUUGCAGUUUGGACUCUGCCUGCCUGGAUGAUGAGAGUGAUAGGCGGCGGGUGCCGGAAAAGAACAUGACCGUAAUGGAUGGCUCAGCCAGUGAUUUUCUCCUGCGGCUCAUGCAUAUGGCCAACAGGCAACAGCAAGCCAAGCACCAGUACUAAUGAGCCCCAACGCACAUGUUCUAUGGCCACACAUGUGUAACAUGUAGCUUAUCAUAUGGCGUUUUUCUGAUAGCUGAUACUCCUAUAUUUAAGAACAAAACUAAAACACAAAUGUCUGACAUUUAUUGUAUAUAGAGCAAAUAAAGUCUUUUAUUGCACUGUA